AUGUCACCAAAGUACAAAAAUGACUUGGCUAAGUGCUUUGCUGUUUUGAGAUUCGAUCAUAAUUGGAAAUCCGCAUGUGAAGAUUUCAGUACUUUUUGCAGAGUUUUAUCUGACUUGACAACAGAACUGACUAAAGCGGACGAUACCAUCCAUCCAAUAUCAACCGAAGGGGAUCAGGAUAAGUUAUACUGUUCUAUCGAAGCAUUUCUUAAUGCUUACG